GGCGUCAGCCGACAGCCCAGGUGGGAAUCCAAGAAAGUGGGGCUCAGGGGAGAGCACACCACCUCUUCGGAAAGCCGCAGGGCCACCACCAGCGAGUGAGCCUUGGAUCCCUCAACGUACUGCGAGACGCCGGUGUACAGCCCGGACCUGUGCCCCAACAUGAUCGCCGCUCAGGCCAAGCUGGUCUACCAGCUCAAUAAAUACUACACGGAGCGCUGCCAGGCGCGCAAGGCGGCCAUCGCCAAGACCAUCCGUGAGGUCUGCAAGGUGGUCUCCGACGUGCUCAAGGAGGUGGAGGUGCAGGAGCCCCGUUUCAUCAGCUCCCUCAGUGAGAUCGAUGCCCGCUACGAGGGACUCGAGGUCAUCUCGCCCACCGAAUUCGAGGUGGUGCUCUACCUGAACCAGAUGGGCGUCUUCAACUUCGUGGACGACGGCUCGCUGCCCGGUUGCGCUGUGCUCAAACUGAGCGAUGGGCGGAAGCGGAGCAUGUCCCUGUGGGUCGAGUUCAUCACUGCGUCGGGCUACCUCUCCGCGCGCAAGAUCCGCUCGCGCUUCCAGACACUGGUGGCCCAGGCUGUGGACAAGUGCAGCUACCGGGACGUGGUCAAGAUGAUUGCAGACACCAGCGAGGUCAAGCUGCGCAUCAGGGAGCGCUACGUGGUGCAAAUCACGCCAGCGUUCAAGUGCACGGGGAUCUGGCCUCGCAGCGCGGCACAGUGGCCUAUGCCCCAUAUCCCCUGGCCCGGCCCCAAUCGGGUGGCGGAGGUCAAGGCCGAAGGGUUCAACUUGCUCUCCAAGGAGUGCUACUCGCUGACCGGCAAGCAGAGCUCUGCAGAGAGCGACGCAUGGGUGCUCCAGUUUGGGGAGGCAGAGAACCGCCUGCUGAUGGGCGGCUGCCGGAACAAGUGUCUCUCGGUGCUUAAGACGCUUCGGGACCGCCACCUGGAGCUGCCGGGCCAGCCCCUUAACAACUACCACAUGAAGACUCUGCUGCUGUACGAGUGCGAGAAGCACCCGCGGGAAACGGACUGGGACGAGGCGUGCCUGGGCGACCGGCUCAACGGCAUCCUGCUGCAACUCAUCUCCUGCCUGCAGUGCCGCCGCUGCCCGCACUACUUUCUGCCCAACCUCGACCUCUUCCAGGGCAAGCCCCACUCGGCCCUGGAGAGCGCUGCCAAGCAGACCUGGAGGUUGGCCAGGGAAAUCCUCACCAAUCCCAAAAGCCUGGACAAACUAUAGGGUGCUGGGGACUGCUUGAAAAGCGUGCUCUCUCGCACACAACGCACGGAUCAGCGACUCACGGCAGAAACUCUGGACACAAACUUUCAUGUAAGUCACCUGGAGCAGGCAGGCGGCAGACCUUCGCUAAUUAAGAAGCCAACAAAAGAGUGCAGACCAACCCACCCCCCCCAAAAAAAUCACAUUCUUGCACAAAAGUGAUCGUUUUCUUACAAUGUGAAUUUAAAAGGUCACACAAAAGAAGCAAUGCGGCUGUGCCAUCGGAAAAUGAAACCCAAGGUACAUUUCAAUCAGUGUAUAGUAAGUAGUUUCCCUCUUUGCCUCCUUUACUCCUAGUUCUCUCUCUACCCCUCUCUCUUCCUCUCUCUCUCUCUCUCUUGCUCUCACUCUCGCUCUCACUCGCUCUCUUUGGUUGCCUGAAUGUUGUC